AUGUCGUUCCCCGUGUGUCGCUGGCUUCUGCUUCUCCCCGAAAUCGUCCAGGCACAUGGUGUCUGCCCUCUGCUCGACCCUGCCUACCAGGGCACCGAUACACUCCAGAGAUGGCUCGAGUUAUCCCAGUAUCGCGACGGCUUUGACCGCUAUGUGAACCAGACACACCUUCGGUCCAUCGAGCGCGACCACAAGAGCUUGCUGACCGUGUUCAACCAAAAGAUGGAUUCCCUGUUGAGCGAGACCUGUCAAUUGUCGAUGGAAAUGAUCGAGGACAUGGUCUCCAAGCACAAGCGCGGCAAGCACUAUCGAGCAAAGAAAGACGAGCUCAUACGCACCUUUGGGGUCGUCCAUGAAUUCACUGGCCUUGAUGUCACCACACUCCUUGGCGUCCGCUCCAUCAUUGUUCCGUCCUCUGGCAUCGAGCCAGACGCGCAUAUGAAGGAGAUGCUUGACGCGUUGCUCGACCAGCAGUAUCACAUUUUGCAGGAGAGGAACCACGUCAUGUCGAUACAGAAGGGAUGCGAGAUAGAGCUCGAAAAACUCGAGGCCGGGGGAUUCUGCUUGAAUCAGCACCAGGGCCGCUAUUUCAAGCGCUGGACACAGCUCUCGCUGACACAGAAACUCGAGCGCAUAUCCGCCUUCUACCAGGGCAAUAUCCCUGCGCCACACACCGAUCGUUCCUGCCUGGAUACGGCCGAUAUCAAGUGGAACUCCAAGCUCGGUAUCAUCGAGUCCAUCGCCAUACCCGAGACAGCGCCCGGGGAAACCACACCGCCUCCGAAGAAGAAGCGCAAGACCACCAAGACCAGGACCGCUGUGGUAGAUGCCGCUGCAGCACUCACCGGCACCAAUACGAUCGUCCUGGGCAACAAUGAACUGGCCAUGCAGAAGAAGGCAGAAAUCCGCAAUGUCAACGAGAUCCUACUGUGGUGCAUUCUCCAGGGUCUGGGCAUCGACAAGGCCGCUCCAAAGGUCGAACCAGAGUUCCGUGCCUAUGCCCAGAAGGUCUACACAAAGAUGCGCAACGCCAUCAUCAAUCGAAACAUCCAGGACGAGUGAAUGAGUGUGUGGGAUCAAGCACCGACUGCGAUUGCGUCUGUUUGUUUUUUUCUACACCCAUUGGUAUCAAUACACCUCAUGUCCCUCACUCCACCC